AUGGAAUCGAUCCGCCUUCCGUACAAGAACGAUGAUUUCGGCAAUCCCAUGUUCGCCAACGUCUACUGGUCCAGCAAAACUUCAGGAUCAAGCCUGAGGCCGAUAGCUCUGGUCUUUCAUGCUGGUGGCUUCAUGGCCGGAGACGCAGAGACCACACCCAAAGUCCAAAAAGAAUACCUCGCAAAUCGAGGCUUCCUAGUCGUGGUUCCCGAGUAUCGACUGCUGCCACAAGUGACCGGAAAGCAAAUCUACCAGGACGCAGAGGAUUCGUACUCAUGGGCGACAGAGAUCAUUCCAGCGGCCUUGAAAAGCGAGCAUGGCGUGGAAAUAGAUCCCAAACGAGUUGUCGUGAUGGGUCAUUCAUCCGGAGGAACUUUGGCUCUCCACAUAGGAUCGCUGCACAUCGAUGUCGUCAAGGCGGUGACAGCCUUUUGUCCAGCACUGUUCUUCGCCGAUCCCAACAACACAGCACAUUUUCCGACAAGUGUGCCUCCUUUUGAUGGCAUUCCUGACUGCACGCCCACGGAAGAGCAACGGGCUGCGAUCAGUCCUCCCGGCAAACAGAUCUCUGCGGCACCUUUCGUGUUCGGAAGAAAAGAAGGCGAAGCAAUCCCUGUGAGGGUUCUCUGGCAAGCGAGUGUGUUCAAACGUGGGCAAUGGACGCGCCAUCUUUCUCCGGACGGUGACUUUGUGUCACUCGAUCCUAUGGCUCGUGUGGAUGCGAAGUGGCCGCCGACUAUGAUCAUUCAUGGUGUGGAUGAUUUUGUGCCCGGGAGAGAUGUCGAGAUUGUGAAGAGGGCCGAGAAAGUGUUGAAAGAUGCCGGUGUCAAGAGCGAAGUUAGGCUGGUUGACGAUGCGGGCCAUCUGUUCGACCACGUUGCAAGCGUCGGUACCACCGAUCAAGGCAGUAAGUGGAAAGAGGCCGUCGCUGGACUGGACUGGCUAUCGAGUCAUGUUGGCUUGUAG